GUGGGCAAAGAAAGGGCUCAUGGCGAAGGCACGGCAAGCCGUGCUUGUGGUCGCUUAGGUCAGAUCAACGCGAGGGGAAAGGUAGAGAGGGAUACCGCAGGGAUUUGCGGGCGCCGGGGGCGCGCCAGAGAGGAAGCGAAGAUGCUCGAUGUUUCUCGUGUGCAGAAGGAGCUUGUGGAGAUCGAGCGCGAUAAGAAGCUGUCAGGCGUGAGCAUCCAGGUAUUUGACGAUGGCCUGAGUAGAAUGCGGGGGACAAUCACUGGUCCUAUCGGCACUCCCUACGAGGGCGGUAUCUUCACUGUCGACAUUCAGUUACCCUCUGCGUAUCCUUUCGAGCCCCCCAAAAUGCAGUUCAUCACCAAAGUCUGGCAUCCCAAUAUCAGCAGCCAAAAUGGAGCCAUUUGCCUAGACAUUCUCAAAGACCAGUGGAGCCCGGCUCUCACCCUCAAGACGGCUCUACUUUCUCUCCAAGCGCUCCUCUCCACGCCCGAGCCGGGUGAUCCUCAAGACGCAGUGGUCGCAAAACAGUACUUGCGUGAGUAUCCAGUCUUCGAGAGCACUGCGAGAUACUGGACUGAAUCGUUUGCGAAAAGAUCUUCGCUUGGCAUGGAAGAAAAGGUAGCAAAGCUGGUAGAAAUGGGCUUCACGGAUGAAGUUGCGACUGCUGCCCUCGAGUGCUGCGGUGGAGACGAGAACGCCGCUCUGGAGAAGCUCCUGAGCUGAUAAAAAAUGAAAUUCGUGAUUGUUGAUAAUUUCAACUCCCAAAGCUAACACGAGGAAUGAUUUAUGUUCUAGCAUAAUCUUUGUUGUCAACAAGCAAGUUUAAUAUGGUUC